GAGGGCUAAAGCGUCUUUUCACUCUCAUUAUAGCCCGAGUUGGAAGCGAGGUUACUCUGCACAAGGACUCCCACGGGGGACGAUUUAGCGCAGGAAAUACGUCUGUUUUUGGAAGAAAACUGCCGUAACUUUGGAAAGGCGGCCGGCUAAUAUCUGUGUUUCAUAUACUCGGAAUAUAAUAUUGCAUUUUCUUGAAAAAGAUCACGAGCAGAAACGGAAGAUUAUGGAGUUACUUAAAGUUCUCCUCUUGUUCGUCCUCUGCUUCGUCAUGGUCUUGCUUGCCAGCUGCGCCUCCGUCGGGACGCACGACGCAGAAAAGCCGGCGGAGACUGCGGUGAUCAAUCUGAUCCCUUCAAACGAAGGCAGGCGUGAGGACGACAGGGGCGAAGUGCCGUUUGAGCACUUUGAAGAAUAUGACGAAAACCUUUCUGGAUAUUAUGAAGCCGAACUUCCCAAAGUGGCUUUCUCCAUCAAGCCUAAGGAUUUGGCGGGAGUCCCUAACAAAGACGGGAAGAAGAAGGGUAAGGGUAGGAAGAGGAACCCGUGUCGGAGGAAGUACAAAGAUUUCUGCAUUCAUGGGGUCUGUCAGUACCUGGAGGAGCUGCGCUCGGUGUCCUGCAUAUGUACUGCAGGAUACUCCGGAGAGCGCUGUCACCUCUUCAGCCUCCCCGUGGGAACUGAAAAGAGCGGCUAUAACCGGACGACGGCGCUAGCUGUCAUGGCGGUGGUGCUGUCCUCCUUGUGCCUCAUCGUCAUCGGCAUCCUGCUGGCACUCAGGUACCACAAACGGGGGGGAUAUAAUGUGGAGUCUGAAGAAAAGGUGAAACUGGGACUGGCCUCGCACAAGUGAACGAGGGAAUGGAAAGCAAAUGGAAUUUCUACCUCAAUGAGAAAUGGAGAAGUGAAAUGCCAAAGCGAACCCGUUUGGGAUUAAGGGACAACUUGUGUGGUUGGUGUGACUGCUGCCAAUGAGGACCCAAGACUGAAACACUGAAACGAGUCUUUGAAGUCCACAGACGGGACGUAGCAGCCCAGUGUCCCAUAAAUUAGGAUGUAUGCUGUCUUUUAAACUGAACGGAUAGACGGACGGGCCGAAAUGAGGAACGAUGUGUGCUGCUUUAGGCUGUGUUGCGUUUCCCUGUCAUGGGAGACAUGCGGUAUCCUUUUUUUUAAGAAAGGUCUUUAUUUGGUUUUGAAAGGGUUGCGCUUUGUGUCCCCCUGCUCUUUUUAUAAUUGUAAAACUCUUAAUUUAUUUAUUUAAAUAGUGAUCCUGCUAUUUAUUCACUUCACACAUUGUCGAGAUGCACUACCAAAAAUGUCAGGAUUGUGUUUUUUUUUUUUUUUUACUGAUACUAAAGUGAUAUUUUAACUAAAUAAAUGCAUUAAUUGAAUGCUUUACCUGUGGUUUACAGUGUUUCUUCAUCCUAAUUGUCUCCUGGCAUUUUUACAAAUCUGUCAAUGCUGUAAAGGUUAUUACACCAGCUGAAUGUUGAACUGCUUAGUGCAGAGUAAAUGGUUAAUGUUGAGACGGCGAGUUGGAGAGGAAGAUUCACACUAACUACUACAAUGUACUACUGCGUUUUUAAACUGUUGCUUAGUUCUGCUAUUUGUGUACUACUAGAUAGUAGUCUGCCAAUGCUCUACUUAACCAACACUAUGAACCAGUCCCUGAAACUGUUGGAUUUCACCAUAACGUUUAAAUCAUCCUAUAAGUAAUAAUUUGUAUAUCAGGUAUGAAAGGAAAUAAACCCCAAGUUCAAAAUUA